UCACAUGUCCUAAGUCAAUGAGUCAUUAAUAAACAGAUCAUCUUCAUUUGUGAAAUCAGAGGAAUAUCCCUUCAACUUACAAGUAAAGUCACUCAUCCGGGUGGAGGAUUUCCCCUGUUUACCAUCUAGAAACCCGGCAGUCACAUAAACACAUCAGUGAGAUAUCAGUGAGAUGUUUAUGAAGAACAUUGGCGUCACCGUGUGGCCUGUUUGCAGCAUCGUCAGCUCCAACUGUGUAACAGCAAACCUUCAACAACAGGGGAUUAAAAGAAUCACCUCAUGCAAGAAGGACGUCUGCAAAGAGCUAUCAUCGGCUGUGUUGAGCAGGACACAGCAUCUUUCUCACCGCACCUGUAGUAAACAGAUAGUAAGCGGCAGCAGGUUUUCUGCAGGGCUGCUGUUCUCUGGCGCACAGCGGGGCGGACUGGCCCUUUAAGGGGGAUAAAGACGACAGCUCCGCACAAGCCGAGCGCAUCGAUGCCGCGCUUUAUAUCCCACCAGGCAUUUACACCGGUGCUGCAAGGAUAAUUCAUCAUCUUCGUGCUUUCUAAAGGCGAAUUCCUCUGAAGUCAAACGUGUGUAAAUCCCGGCAGGAGAAAUGUGACACUGCGCCCAGCAGAUGUGCUCUCCGGUGCGUAAUUGAUUCGGAUAUCCUGGUCAUCAGCGAAGGAAUUGCCCCUUCAUCUUACCCCAGAAAGCUUCACUUAAGGAAAACAUCAGUAAUAAUGGAAGACAAACGCAAGAAGCGGAGCCCAAAGGUGUCUCUCCCUCAGCCCCCUCCUCCCCCCAUCAACCCCCGCAAACUCUCCGUCCUGCCUGCCAGCAAAAGUGCCACCUUCUCUCUCGGCCUGCCGCAGCCUCCCUCUCCAAAGAACAGAGGCAAGUACAAAAGGUCCAUAGGAGCACCAGGGCAGCCCAGAGAGGUGUUCACAGCCGUUGUAGCUCCACCAAAGACCACCAGGCCCCACAAGGAGAAGCCCCGGGCCCCCCAGCCAGCAGGGCCCAGUAAAGUAGUCCAGUCUUCCCCCCUGCAGCACUCCUUUCUCACAGAUGUCUCAGACGUGAGAGAGAUGGAGGGAGGGCUCUUAAACCUCCUUAACGACUUCCACUCAGGCAAACUGCAGGCUUUCGGGAAGGUGUGCUCCUUCGAGCAGCUGGAGCACGUGCGUGAGAUGCAGGAGAAACUCGCGCGACUGCACUUCAGCCUGGACAGCCAUGUGGAGGAGCUUUCAGAGGACCAGAGGAAGUGUGCCUCUGACCACAACCUGGAGCACCUCCUUUGCAAUCUGGAGGAGCUCAGCACAUCAAUACAAAAGCUCCACUUGGCUGAGAACCAGGACCUGCCCAAGACAUCUGGUCCCUGACAAAGUGAGGUGUGGAGGACGGCAACCGUGCACACUCAUCUUCUCACAACAUCCAACCAGUCCAGGUUGCCAUGGCAUUGAUCCAGCUGCCUUAGUAACAGAAUGGAAAGAUCCACAGGAGGAGGGGCUAUUUUUUUUUUUCCAUUUGUUCAGUGAAGGCGAGGUAACAACACGGUGACUCAAAGCAGCAAAGCAUUAAAUGAACACGCCAACCAAAAUCAUAAACCCCCUCAUUCAUAGCACAAGAAAUGACCGACGGGUUUACCGAACAGUUGUGUGAAAGGAAAACAUUGUGUCAAAAGUCAAAGGAUGUUGUUAUCGUUGACUAACUUGGCUUCAGUUACUUGUUACAUCAUUGGGUAACAAAUAUCUGAAUCCAGGUGAGUAUAAUCUUUGGUUUUCUAUUUUCCAUUACAAAAAGCACAUCUCAUGAAAGUUUAAGAAUUUAUAUUGUGUUUUCUUAUUUCAUGUUAUGCCUGGUAGUACAUGUCUGUUAGGAAAGGUUCAGAAAAUUUAGACAUAUUUAACGUAGCAAACAUAUUUGGCCCUUGUCGACAACACUGUGGUUAGCUUAGAUGUUUUAUGGGAGUUUUCACUUUUGCUAUUAUUCUGAAUACACUCCCUCAUUUUUAUAUCUUUGCUAAAAGUUUAUUACUGGAACAAACUGGAUUUAAUAAAAGCUGGAGACUCAUUCUUAUAACUGCAUUUAAAGGGACAAUGUGGAGACCUUGUGUACAAAAUAUUUGAUUAAGUUAAAUGUAAAAUGGUUGAUAUGAUGUUUUGCUAAUGUGCAGCUCAGCUACUGUAUGUGAUGGUUUAAUAUGGAACUCGAGUUGGAGGAUUUUGUCAGUGCUUCUUCAGGACUAUCUUUAUUUUUGUGAAUGAGGGCAGCAGCAGCAUCCCUUCAAGCACAAGCUAGUCCACCCUGCUACUGAAAUGCUGUAAAAUCACCUACUGUAACACGUAGGUCGACGGGGACUCUGUCCAGUCUGACAUCCGCUCCUCUCUCAUGACACGGUGUUGAAUAGCACGUUCAUAUAGAGAUGCAGCAGGCACAAAUCUGUACAAUUUGAUUUCAGAAUGGCAGCUACUUUCAUGUUUAAAAGUUCAGGGGGUGAGAUAAUGAUUUGCAUUUUAAUUCCAAACUUGGCCGUAAUAUGUAAUCCCAGACAAGCCUAUUAAAGUGACAUUACUGUUGAAAUCAGAGGAAUGAAAGCGUACCGUGUAAUUUCUCAAAGCAUCUUACAUCCAGUUAUUAAAAACGUAAUACCAGUCUUUUGUUCUUUUGUACAGCUUGCUAAGCCUACCUCUUUUCCAAGGCCUCGGCCUGGAUAGCCUCUGUAGUGACAUGCUACAUUUCUUGUCACUACAUAAAAGAUCCUACACAGCUAUUUUCUGUUAUUUUACAUGUUAGGGGAAAGUUUGUCAGAAGACGAGUUUAGACGAAAUGCCAUAGGCACAACUGAAAGAGAAAACUAAAGAUUCUCUCUUGUGUAUUCAUUGACUGCACCCAUUAAUAAAUGCAAAUUUGGCAACUUCA